UGUGUUUUAAAAUAAAAUUACAUUAAUUUUUGUCAACAUUUAAAUCGCUUAUCAUUUCAUAGAAUAAUAAUAAUAAUAAUACUAUAAUUAUCGGCCAAUUAAUUGAUUACCGAAGUAGUAAUCAUCGGCGAACACCAACAUGAGUGCCGUCAAAGUGUUUCACCGAAAGACGAAGAAGGGAUCCAUCAUUAAAGUGGUUCGCGAACAUUAUCUCCGCGAUGACAUACACUGUGGCCGCGAUUCCUGUGCCGAUUGUCGACCGUUUAAGUUACCGGUAGACAAUCGGUUUGCGCCGAGAGCCUACCUGAGUGAUCGGCCGCGCGCCGACAUCAGCAGUCUGUGUCGUUCGGCUCACUAUGUAAUACCCGAUUUCGGUGUUCUCGAACAUCAGUCGGACGUAUUGGUGGACGAAAAUUUUGGCRCCGAUGUCAUACUGAUGCAAACGGUCUGGGAUGAGGUCAAGCGUAACAUUUCGGUGCUGACAAAGAUCAAGCAAUCAAUGGCCGAAAAAAGGUUUUACGUGUUUCUCAAUGAAUACAAUAAGGAGACGUUCAGUGAAAGAGUUUUCGGUGAAACCAUUGCUGAAUACAGACAACGAUUACUGGUUUCGGGCGCCGAAUGGCUUCAAAAUCAUUUCAAGAGUUGUGAUAUCAAAGUUGUUUUUGUUGUCAAUUAUCGAAACAUUAAACUGAAGACAAAAAACAUAGUGUGCUCUCCAUUUGAUGAAUACGUGAAGUCAUUAAAAAAUAGCAUCAAUUUGGUGGACAAGUUGGCCGAUAUGUCAUCCACUGGAGAGUACGAAAAAGGUCUCAAACCUUUGUAUGACGAGUACUUACCAUUAGAAGUGGUUCAGUCGGGUAUCAGAUCGGGAAAGUAUUUUCAGGGAAAGUAUUUUUCCAAUCGUCUAAACUAUUUGGAAGGAAUGGUUCCAAUCACAAGAAAUGGAGAAGAAAUAAAUAUUGUAAUACAGGGAUCAAAAGCUAUCAAUAGAUCCCUUCAUGAAGACAUUGUUGCCAUUGAGGUGUUACCUGAAAGUGAAUGGAAGGCAAAAUCAAACAUUGUUUUAACUGUCGAAGAAGGCGUUGAAGACAAAGGCGAGAUUGAAGAAGAAAGAGAAGAGAAGAUGAUUUUAGGUGAAGAAGACAAUAAGCAGAAUGUGAAACAACCAAUGGGUAAAAUUGUAUCUAUAAUUAGACGAAAAUUGCGGCAAAGUUGUGGUGUCCUCAGACCACGCAAUGAGAAUAUAAACGUAUCUUCGACUAGCAAUAGGUAUCUGUUUGUUCCGUUUGAUCGAUCUUUACCUAUGGUUAGGAUUGAGACGCGACAAUAUGAACAGAUUAAAGGACAGAGGAUUGUCGUCGCAAUCGAUAACUGGUUAAUAGACUCGAAGUAUCCAAAAGGACAUUAUAUAAGAUCUGUUGGUCCGAUUGGCGACAAGAAAACCGAAACUGAAGUGAUUUUACUUGAAAAAGAUGUUCCGUAUAUUCAAUUUUCCAGAGAAGUGAUGAAUUGUUUGCCUAAAGAAGGCAAAGACUGGAAAUUACGUGAAGAAGAUUUUGUUAAUAGAAUUGAUUUGCGCAACGAAGCCAUUUGUUCAGUAGAUCCUCCCGGAUGUACUGACAUCGACGAUGCACUUCAUUGUAAAGACAUUGGCAAUGGUAUCUAUGAAGUUGGCGUUCAUAUCGCCGAUGUAUCCCAUUUUAUUAAACCCAAUACACCUCUGGACAAGGAGGCGUCCAACAGAGGGACCAGUGUUUACUUAGUUGGACAGCGUAUUGAUAUGAUUCCGACACUCUUGAGCUCAGAUCUUUGUUCACUGCAUCAGGACGUCGAAAGGUUGACAUUCAGCGUUAUUUGGCUCAUCGACGCCAAAACCGCUGAAAUAAAGAGCUCAAAAUUUACCAAAUCGGUGAUUAAAUCUCGCGGCGCAAUGACUUACGCCGAGGCACAGAUGCGCAUCGAUUCGCCGAAUAUGAUCGAUGAUGUGACACAAGGUUUGCGACGAUUGUUGGCCAUCUCGAAGAUAUUGAAACGAAAACGUCUGGAAGCGGGCGCUCUUGUGUUAGCUUCGGCUAAUGAAAUUAAAUUUCUUGAAAUUGAUUCCGAAACACAUGAAAAUGUUUUCGAGAUUCAGGCAAAACAAGUUUUGGACACAAACUCAAUGAUCGAGGAGUUCAUGUUAUUGGCUAACAUAGCUGUUGCCCAGAAAAUUAAUGAAGUGUUUCCCGAACUUUCUCUACUACGACGUCAUCCGAAACCAAGUAAAACAAACUUUGAUGAACUGAUAAAUGUUGGCAAAGCUUUGGGAGUUGACAUCGAUGUUACCGAUGGCAAGACGUUAUCGCGAAGUUUAGACAGUGUACGCGAUCCGAAUAAUCCAUACAAGAAUUUACUUUUACGAAUGACAACCACACGUAUGAUGUCACAGGCCGUCUAUUUCUGUAGCGGUGCCCUCACAGGAACCGAUGACUCCUUCGACCACUACGGCUUAGCCACACCAAUCUAUACACACUUUACAUCACCCAUCAGGCGAUACGCCGAUCUCAUGGUUCACCGAUUGCUUAGUCAUGUCAUCGAAUAUGAAGCACUGGACGCGUCACUUCUCAACAAACGCUAUAUGACGGCCAUCUGCGACCACAUCAACAUCCGCAACAAGAAUGCACGGGAGGCGUCCCGAGAGUCUAACAAUUUGCAUUCACUACUCUAUAUUAAAGAACGAUCGGGUGGACAACCGCUCGAAGAGGACGGCUAUAUAAUGAACAUUAAGAAGAAUGCAUUUCAAAUAUUUUUGCCACAUCUGGCACUGGAAGUGAGCUAUUUUAUGAACAAGACAUCAACAGAUUGGUUGUACGACAACAAAGAGCUGACCCAAGAAUAUCUUCCCCGCAAUCAUAAGUUUCGACACUUUGAUCCGCUUCGGGUGCGGCUAUCAAUCAGUGACAACAAUGUUAGUUUGAGACAGCGAUUAGUUGUUGAUAUAAUCAAACCGUUUGACAUUGAAAUGGUAACCAAUAAAUCAUCAAAUAAGAGACAGAAAACAUGA